AUGACUUGCUCCGAAGUUCAGCAACAGGUACUCCAAAUGGAGUUGGACAAGGGUGGUGCGUUUGACUUCUCCAAUUGUAUCAGGAACAUGGCUUUAUCCAGAAUGGGCGUAGCACCUCCGAGGGUCCGAUCUACUGGUACCACAAUUGUCGCUGCAACGUACAAGGAUGGUCUUGUCAUGGGUGCUGAUUCUCGUGCCACUGCCGGAAAUAUUAUUGCCGACAAACAUUGUGAGAAAGUACACUACUUGACGGAUUCAAUUUACGCAUGCGGAGCAGGAACGGCUGCAGAUCUAGACCAGGUAACCAAAAUGCUUUCUGGGACUCUUCGUUUGAUGGAACUGAAUACUGGUAGAAAAGCGCGUGUUAUCACUGCUCUGCGUCAUGCCAAACAGCAUCUAUUCAACUACCAGGGCUAUGUAGGGGCCUACCUGCUUAUUGGUGGUGUCGACCCAACUGGACCACAUUUAUACGAGUGUUCGGCAAAUGGUACGACUAUGGCGAAACCCUUUGCAGCGCAGGGUUCGGGAAGUUAUGCAGCUAUUUCUAUUCUGGAAAGAGACUUCAAACCUGGCAUGACCGAGGAAGAUGCGGUAAAUCUUGUGCAGCGGGCAUUGCACGCUGGUAUGCAUGGAGACAAUGCUUCGGGAAAUAGUCUGAAUCUUGUUAUUAUGCGACCAGGAAAAACAGAGUUCAAAGGUCCAAUAGUGCCUGAUUUCUGCAAGAAACCUGAACCAGUCGACUUGCCUUACAAAUUCAAAUCAGGUUCUACAAAAGUGUUGAAGAAAAAGACGAUCAAGUUCGACGUGAUCGAAUCGAUGGAUGUUAGUCACUAG